AUGCAGGAGAACGCCUUCCUUAGCGACUUCUUUGGCUGCGUCGGGUUUCUCCCGCUUACCAACCAAAGUACCAUUCGCGAGGUGAUGGUACAAAUCCUGACAACCCCGGCCACUCUACAGCGGCCACCCGUUGCGGGAGGCUGUGACGAAGAAGCGGUUUUCGACGCGAUCGCGCGAGGGGCGGACUUGAUCAAGGCCUCGGAAGGGCAUCAGCUUCCCAUGAACCCGCGAUCUUGCAUUUUCUGGUGA